UAGCAAUGAAGGAGGUGAUGGUGAUAGAAGUAUGUUUUGCUAUUUCCUUGGCAAUGGAAAAACAAAUCAAGUGGUGGUUUUCUCCCUACACACUUGGAUUUGGGAUCUGUUUGUUCCCUUCAUUUGUGUUGUGAUGCUGUUGGGCAAUGGAGGUGAUGGUGAUAGAAGUAUGACUUAACCCUACAAGCUAAGGAUGUUGGCUAUGGGCUCAUCACAAUCCUUGAGCUCAACAUCAUCACGAGCUGCAUUAAGUGAUGAUAAAGAAGUUGGAAUUGUCAAGAUGUUGUCUGAACUACAAACUACUAAGGAGGUUCGUGGGUUGUGGUUUUAUGGGAAGAUAAAUGCUAUUCUGAAUGCUACCGGUUGGGCCUAUAUGGGAUGCUUCAAAAGGUCAUGUCGUGCAAGAGUCAUAAAGUAUGAUAAUGAGUUUGAGUGCACGAAGUGCGGAGUGCGGUCUUCUGAAGAAAACUGGCUCUACAAAUUGAAGCUGAAUGUUGUGCACGGUCGUCACAAGGCUGAGCUGCUAUUCUGGGAUCAAGCAUGCAAGCAGUUUUUGGGAAAACCUGCAUCCGAUUUUCGUGAACACCUGGAUGAUGAUAAAGGGCAUUGCACGAAGCAUUUUCCUAAAAAAUUCUCCCAACGGACGACCAUUGAUAAGAGUGGUUACCCAAAAUACAGGAGGAGAAACAAUGGAAGGUCUGUUGAGAAAAAUGGUCAUCCUAUGGACAAUAGAUAUGUUAUCCCACAUAAUCGUACUUUGCUUCUCAAGUAUGGAGGACACAUCAAUGUGGAGUGGUGUAAUCAAUCACGGUCAGUCAAGUAUCUUUUCAAGUAUAUAAAUAAAGGCGAUGAUCGGAUAACUGUUGCAUUUUCAGAAGCUACUGACAGCUCCAAACCACAAAAGAUCGAUGAGAUCAAGAUGUACUAUGACUGUCGAUACAUCUCCGCUUGUGAGGCUGCAUGGAGAAUUUUUUCAUACCAUAUCCAUUACAGGGAUGUUCCCGUUGAGCGGUUAAGCUUUCAUCUACCAGGAGAGCAAAAUGUAUACUACAAACCUGAUGCAUCCAUUGAGUCAGUACUCCGUAACACCAAUCUUCACUCUACGAAGUUUAUAGCUUGGAUGAGAGCAAACCAACUUUAUCAGGAGGCCAGGGAGUUGACAUACGUUGACUUUCCCUCUAAGUUCACAUGGAGCAAAAAGAAAAGGGAGUGGUCACCGCGGAAAAGGGGGUUUGCGGUUGGGCGUGUGUUCUUUGUGCGUCCCGGAGCAGGUGAGAAGUACUACUUGAGAGUUCUGCUGAAUGUAGUAAAAGGGCCAAGAAGUUUUGAAGAGUUGCGUACCGUGGAUGGAAAGAUAUAUGACACAUUUAGGGAUGCCUGUUAUGCUCGCGGGUUACAUGGAGAUGACAAGGAGUACAUAGAUGGCAUUACAGAGUCAAGUCAUUCAGCAAUGGCGCGAUGGCUACGCCAUUUGUUUGUUACUCUUUUACUGCAGGGAUCGAUGACUAAGCCUGAAUCGGUGUGGGAAAAGUGUUGGGAGUAUUUGUCGGAAGACAUAUUAUACAAUGUGAGGAAGAACCUUCAUGAUCAAGAGUUGGAACUAGACAAAGGAGAAAUUCAGAAGUACUGUUUAGUGGAGAUUGAGAAGCUUCUCCAGCAAAGAGGAAAAUCACUGCGUGACUACGUCGGAAUGCCAGUGCCCCCCGAUUCUUAUAUCCCCUCCAUGGAGGACAUUCUCAUUCAUGAAGAAUUGAAGUACGAUAAGUGUGUGAUGGCUGAAGAACAUCAAAAGUUGUUGAAGGAUAUGACAGAUGAACAACGAGCUGUUUACGAAAUAAUCAUGGAAUCUGUCGACCGCAAAUGUGGCGGUGUGUUUUUCUUAUACGGACAUGGUGGCACGGGAAAGACUUAUUUGUGGAGGACUUUGUCUGCGGCAAUUAGAUCACGAGGAGAAAUAGUAUUGAAUGUGGCAUCCAGCGGUAUUGCGUCACUCCUUCUUCCCGGAGGAAGGACCGCACACUCGAGGUUUGCUAUUCCACUUAAUGUGACGGAGGACUCAACGUGCAACAUAAAACACGGUAGUCCCUUGGCCAGGCUUCUUGAACAGACAUGACUAAUUAUUUGGGAUGAGUCUCCAAUGACGCAUAAACACUGUUUUGAAGCACUAGAGCGCACUAUGAGAGAUGUCCUUUGCUUCUCACCGGAGUGUGAUGGUGCCAUGCCUUUUGGUGGAAAAACUAUUGUAUUUGGCGGGGACUUUCGACAUAUAUUGUCGGUCAUUCCAAAAGGCACGCGACAAGAUAUUGUACAAGCGUCUUUAAAUUCAUCGUAUUUGUGGUCAUAUUGUAGGGUGUUGAAACUGACAAGGAACAUGAGGCUUGCACACGUGAUCGAAUCAUCCAGCGCAGCUGACAUAGAGCGCUUUGCAGAUUGGAUUUUGAAGAUAGGGGAUGGUAUUUUGGGAGACGAUGAGGAUGGGGAAUCAAAAGUCCACAUACCUUCCGAAUUUCUUGCUCCGAUGACGGAUGAUCCCAUUGAGUCUAUUGUUAAUAGUACGUAUCCAGAUUUCUUGACUCAUAGGGAAGACAUUUCAUAUCUGAACUCUAGGGCCAUUCUUGCGCCUACGAUUGAUGAGCGAGACAAGAUCAAUGAUUACAUGUUGGGGCUCAUUCCAGGCGAGGAAAGGACAUACUUAAGUUGUGAUUCGGCAUCUUCCUCUGACUCAGAUAGCGAGCUCCUUCAGGACAUUCAUUCCUCGGAAUUUCUUAAUAGCAUCAAAUGUUCUGGUGUGCCAAGUCAUGAACUCAAGCUUAAGGUGGGUGUGCCUGUGAUGCUUAUGAGAAACAUAGAUCACACUGUUGGGUUAUGCAAUGGUACGAGACUCAUGGUAACUAAACUCGGGACUCAUAUUAUUGAGACUCAGAUGAUGUCAGGAUCAAAUGCUGGUGAAAAGUAUCUUAUUCCCCGACUUAGUUUAACGCCUUCGGACUUGAAGCUCCCUUUCACGUUUCAGCGCAGGCAAUUUCCUCUUAUGCUUAGUUAUGCGAUGACGAUUAAUAAGAGUCAGGGACAAUCGUUAGAAAGAGUUGGUGUAUUUUUGCGGCGUCCGGUUUUUACUCACGGACAAUUAUACGUUGCGGUAUCGAGAGUUACAAGUCCAUCAGGGUUAAAAUUUGUCAUAUGUGACGAUGAUGGUCAACCAAGCAAUACUGCUACAAAUGUUGUUUACAAAGAAGUGUAUAACAAUUUAUAGGUUUUUUCAUAUGUCAUUUCACUUACGAUUCCAAUGUUUAAAUUAUAUUUCUAUUAACAUUCAAUUCAGAUCUUUACAUUCUCGAUGAAAUGUUUUCCCGUGCAACGCACGGGUUAAAAACUAGUGACAAUAUAAAGUGCAGUUUUUUUAAUUGGACGAAAAUACGUACUAUAAAAUGCACAUUUUUUAAAUAAGUAUAUUUUGGUCAUGGUGUGUAGCAUAUAAUAAGCACACAACUAUUUUUUUUUACCCAAGGAAGUAGGGUGUCGAACCACAGAGAAGCGGGAAAUAAAAUAAUUAAGCACAAACUAAGGAUUAAAGUUGGGAAUGUGUUACUUUUGAUUUUUGGUUUGCUUGAAAAAGUAAUAAAAUAAAAGUGAUUGAGAUGAGAGAUUUUUAUCAACACAAAGUUCAUCCAAUAGAAAGUAGGGGUAGAAAUUGGUAACUAAUUGUUCAAUGUUUAAUUGAAAGACAUAAUUGCUAAUUUUAUUCUUAGAUAAAUUGUGAGAAGUUGUAGAUAAAUAUUUUAGAACUCAACACAAGUCAUCUAAAAUAAGUAACUAGUCAACAUUUUCCAGUGAUGGCCAAAAUGAGACUAGUUGUUUAAGUGCAACGACAAC